AUGUUGUCAAGAUCCUAUUUUAAUCUCUUGAACCUCGAGGAUUACUCGAGGGAUCGCACUCGGGUCCCGCGAGUGAUUUCUAUGCCGGGGGUCAUUUCCGAUUAUGAAGACGGUGAGAACGCCCUGAGCCCACAAUCCGACUCGUCUCCUCAAGAGAGACGAGUAAUCGUGUCCAAUCAGUUACCCCUAAAGGCCCGCUGUGAGAAUUCGGCACAAGGCCCCAAAAAAUGGAGCUUUGAUUGGGACAAAGAUGCUCUUGUUCUGCAGCUCAAGGAUGGCUUCACCUCAGACGUGGAGGUUGUCUAUGUCGGGAGCCUGAGCGUGGAGAUUGAGCCGGCGGACCAGGAUGACGUAGCUCAGCUUCUUCUAGAUAAGUUCAAAUGUGUGCCCACUUUCUUGCCUUUGGAUUUAAUCAACAAGUUCUAUCAUGGCUUUUGCAAGCAUUACCUGUGGCUCUUGUUUCAUUACAUGUUGCCUCUGACUCCUAGCCAUGGGAUCAGGUUCGAUAAGUCCGCGUGGCAGGCCUACGUGUCAGCUAACAAGGUUUUCGCCGAUAAAGUCAUGGAGGUUAUCAACCCGGACGAGGAUUAUGUCUGGGUGCACGACUAUCAUCUCAUGAUUUUGCCUACUUUCUUGAGAAAGAGGUAUCACAGGGUAAAGCUCGGUUUUUUUCUCCACAGCCCUUUCCCCUCUUCGGAGAUUUAUCGAACUUUGCCCGUUAGGGAAGAAAUAUUGAGAUCCCUUUUGAAUUGUGACCUGGUCGGGUUCCAAACGUUUGAUUACGCCAGGCAUUUCUUGUCGUGUUGUAGUAGAAUGCUCGGGCUGGAUUACCAAUCCAAGAGGGGGUAUAUCGGGCUGGAUUACUAUGGCAGGACGGUUAGUAUCCGAAUCCUUCCUAUGGGGAUUCAUAUGGGUCAGAUUAUGUCUAUUAUGUCGUUGCCCGAUACUGCAGAUAAAGUUAGAGAAUUGAAAAAGAAAUACAAUGGGAAAAUUGUGUUGUUGGGUGUGGAUGAUAUGGACAUGUUUAAGGGCAUCAGCUUGAAGUUCAUGGCUUUCGGGCAGUUGCUGGAUGAAAAUCCCAUUUACCGUGGGAAAAUCGUUCUUGUUCAGAUCAUGAACUCUCCCAGGAGUCGAGGUAAUGAUAUUCAGGAGGUUCAGAAUGAGAUCAGUAGUGUAGCGAACGAGAUUAAUCAGAAACAUGGAAAACCGGGCUACCAUCCGAUCGUCUGUGUAAACGGUCCCAUGUAUUUUCAAGAAAAAGUCGCGUAUUCUGCUAUUUCUGAAUGUGUUGUUGUGAAUGCCGUUAGGGAUGGGAUGAAUUUGGUGCCUUAUAAGUAUACAGUCUCUAGACAGGGCAGUCCCGAUUUAGACAGGGCACACGGGUUCGAAAAUUCGGAUAAUCUAAAGAAAAAAAGUGUCAUUAUUGUAUCGGAAUUCAUCGGUUGUUCCCCUUCUCUAAGUGGUGCAAUUCGUGUCAAUCCUUGGGACACGAAUAGUGUGGCCGAAGCCAUGGUUUUGGGGCUAACUAUGCCCGACUCUGAAAAACAGUUACGUCACGAAAAGCAUUACAAGUUCAUUACUUCUCACGAUGUUGCCUAUUGGGCCAGAAGCUUCGAUCAGGAUCUGAAGAGGGCGUGUGCUGAGCAUUUCAAGAAGAGGUGUUGGGGAAUUGGGUUCGGUUUGAAUUCGAGGGUAGUUGCGUUGGGUCCUAAUUUUAGGAAGCUUUCGGUCGAGCAUAUAGUCUCAGCUUAUAACAAUACGAAUAUCCGACUUAUACUUUUGGAUUAUGACGGUACCAUGAUGCCGCAGGAUAGAGUGGACAAAUCCCCCAGCUCCGAGGUUAUUUCGGUCUUAAAUUGUUUGUGCAGUGAUCCGAAGAAUGUCGUGUUUAUUGUUAGUGGGAGAGGAAAAGAUUCACUCGGCAAAUGGUUCGAGCAGUGUGAGAAUCUCGGGUUGUCUGCAGAACACGGUUAUUUUACUCGGUGGAGAAGAGAUUCGCAGUGGGAGUGUUGCCGAUUAGCAGUCGAUUUGGAUUGGAAGAAGAUCGUGUUGCCCAUAAUGGAGCACUACACAGAAGCUACAGAUGGCUCGUCAAUAGAGCAGAAAGAGAGUGCUAUUGUUUGGCAUCAUCAAGAGGCGGAUCCUGAUUUUGGCUCAUGGCAGGCAAAAGAGCUUCUUGAUCACUUGGAGAGUGUGCUUGCUAAUGAACCAGUUGUGGUGAAAAACGGACAGCAAAUAGUCGAGGUGAAACCACAGGGAGUGAGCAAAGGGUUGGUCGUGAAGAAUCUCACCGAGAGAAUGACGAACAAGUCGAAGCCGGCCGAUUUUGUCCUGUGCAUUGGUGAUGACCGCUCGGAUGAAGAGAUGUUCGAAACUAUUUCAGGUUCUGUUGCUGACCGUUUGCUUCCCGAAACAGCCGAAGUUUUUGCUUGCACAGUCGGGCGAAAGCCAAGCAUGGCCAAAUAUUAUCUAGACGAUACUUUUGAGGUCAUCAAAAUGCUUCAAGGACUUUCUGCCUCAUGCGGGCAGCAACUGCCCAAGCCAUCUUUCGAUAGCGUGUCGUUCUAA